CAUUGCCCGGCUCCCUGUCACUCAGCCCGCGCGGGGCCCCCGAUUGGCGGCCUAGCCCCGUUACGCACUCGCCUCGCGUUCACAUACCCGGGGAGGGCAGUAGAAAGGUGAUCAAUCUUCAUCAGGCUACAUUUCCAAUCACCUAAACAACCGAGCAAGACAAGCCACUCCGACAAGGUUGGCUGCCCGGCGGGUCUCCGUGAGAGAUCCAGGUAGAUGGUGAACGGCCCCGGCAGCUGAGGGCAGGCCAGGCCCCCAGACGCAUCAGACCCUGAAGGACUGCGCGGUGGGAGCCCUGCACCGCUCCUGGCCCCGGGCUCCCUGGAUCCGUCGGGGCGCCUCCACCCAGCUGUUAGCAUGAUGUCUUACCUCAAACAACCCCCAUACGGCAUGAACGGGCUGGGCCUGGCCGGGCCCGCCAUGGACCUCCUGCACCCAUCCGUGGGCUAUCCGGCCACUCCGCGGAAGCAGCGGCGGGAGCGCACCACCUUCACGCGUUCACAGCUGGACGUGCUCGAGGCGCUCUUCGCCAAGACUCGCUACCCUGACAUCUUCAUGCGGGAGGAGGUGGCGCUCAAGAUCAACCUGCCGGAGUCUAGAGUCCAGGUCUGGUUCAAGAACCGCCGCGCCAAAUGCCGCCAGCAGCAGCAGAGCGGGAGCGGAACCAAGAGCCGCCCAGCCAAGAAGAAGUCCUCUCCAGUGCGGGAGAGCUCGGGCUCCGAAAGCAGUGGCCAAUUCACCCCGCCAGCUGUGUCCAGCUCUGCCUCGUCCUCUAGCUCGGCGUCCAGCUCUUCCGCCAACCCAGCGGCUGCAGCGGCUGCGGGACUAGGUGGGAACCCGGUGGCGGCCGCGUCGUCGCUGAGUACACCAGCUGCCUCAUCUAUCUGGAGCCCGGCCUCCAUCUCGCCAGGCUCAGCGCCCGCGUCCGUGUCGGUGCCGGAGCCACUGGCCGCGCCUAGCAACACCUCGUGUAUGCAGCGCUCGGUAGCUGCAGGCGCCGCCACCGCAGCAGCCUCUUAUCCCAUGUCCUACGGCCAGGGCGGCAGCUACGGCCAAGGCUACCCUACGCCCUCCUCUUCCUACUUUGGCGGCGUGGACUGCAGCUCAUACCUAGCGCCCAUGCACUCACACCACCACCCGCACCAGCUCAGCCCCAUGGCACCCUCCUCCAUGGCGGGCCACCAUCAUCACCACCCACAUGCGCACCACCCGUUGAGCCAGUCCUCAGGCCACCACCACCACCAUCACCACCACCACCACCAAGGCUACGGUGGCUCUGGGCUUGCCUUCAACUCUGCCGACUGCUUGGAUUACAAGGAGCCUGGCGCCGCUGCUGCUUCCUCCGCCUGGAAACUCAACUUCAACUCCCCCGACUGUCUGGACUAUAAGGACCAAGCCUCAUGGCGGUUCCAGGUCUUGUGA